AUGUGCUUUGUCCUUAUAUUUGCAGGCACAGAGUGUUUGCUCCUGGCAGUGAUGGCCUAUGACCGCUAUGUAGCCAUUUGUAACCCUCUGCACUACCCUCUAGUCAUGAGCAACAGGGUCUGUAUCCUGUUGGCGACUGGGUCCUGGACCAUUGGAAUCCCAGUUAUGAUAGGGCAUACCUAUCAGAUUUUCUCUCUAUCUUUUUGUAGAUCUAAACAAAUUAACCACUUCCUUGACAUUCCCCCAAUACUCAAGCUGGCUUGUGGGGACACUUUUGUAAAUGAGGCUUUGGUAUACACAGUCGCUGCAUUAUUUGUCUUGGUUCCAUUUCUGUUGAUACUUGGCUCCUACAGUAAAAUCGUCUCCAUCAUCCUGAAGUUCCCAUCAGCCACAAAUCGAGCCAAAGCCUUCUCCACCUGUUCAUCUCAUCUUAUGGUUGUGAUGUUAUUCUUUGGAUCAGGCAUUAUUGCAUACUUAAGACCCAACAACAGACACUCAGAGGAAACUGACAAAGUUCUAACUCUUUUCUACGCUAUCCUAACUCAUAUGCUUAAUCCCAUGAUAUAUAGUCUAAGGAACAAGGAUGUCAUAAUGGCACUGAGAAAAUUGCUAUGUAAAUAA